AGUCACUUGUGUUUUGGUUAUGGCUGCUUGAAUGGUUGUGUAGAACAGUAUUAACAAGCAGGACUGUAAUGUAACAUAAGUCUAUCGUAAGUAGGAGUGGAAAAUAAGCCAAAGCAACAUGGCUCAGGAGUGCUUUGAGUGUGGAGGGACGUCCUUUAGCCAGGAUGGUGGUUGUAGGAUAUGUGACGAGUGUGGGACAGUACAGAAAAGAUACAUUGAACAACUCAGCCAGGAAGAUUUCUGUGAUGUUAAUCGUUCACGCUUAAUCAACAUGAUUGACGAUGGGGAUGGCGACUUGGAUAUGACCAUCCAAAGAGAUUAUGAUGAUGAUGAUAUAAAUAACUGGACGACCUAUGAGAUGUUCAAUGUUGUUCUUCAUGAAUGGACCAAGGCACUUUGUAAUCUGGGAGCCUCAUCACACUUCCAGCAGAUUGUUUUUAAGUUGUGGGUGAUGUACCUUCAACAUUCUAAACUUGCCUUCAAGCCACCAACUGAUGACGAAGAAACAAAAACUGAAACAAGAAACAUUUCAGUUCAUGAGACAAGAGAUGUUGAGCUGAUCACCAAGAAGCAGAAAAGUGUAUCAGCCACCUCUAUGAAAUUCCGCAGGAACAAGGCCAAAAAGAAAACAACUAAGAAAUUGUCAGAAUUAGAAAAGCUGAAGGGGAAGGUAAUUGUCUUGUGUUAUUAUUUAUCUGGUUUUGUUUGCUUUUCUAACACUGAAGUGUAA